AUGAGCUUGUGUGCUUUUUCUCAACAAUUCCGAAGCGACAGAAUGAAAAAAUCACUUCAUUUCUCCUCUAGUAAAACUUAAACAUAAGAUGAUGAAUUAAAUAAAAGUCAAUACUAAAAUGAAUACAUAAAUAAAUUUAUUCAAUAUAUAUCUAAAUCCCCACUAAAAUAAUAAAAGAAACAUGAGGAUUCUCAACCUUCUGUGAUAUUAUUAAAGAAUAUCAACCUUAAACAAAAGAAUUUAGCUGAAGAAUAAUAAUCAUAAAAUUUACAAGACCAAUCUCAAAAAAAAUAAAAAGAAAGCAGCAUCAUUCAAGACUAUAUUGAAAUGAAAAAGAGACAAUAAAUUCUUCAAAUUUAUAUGAAUGAAUAAACAAUUAUGGACUCUGUUUAAUAAAAAAUAAUUAAUCCAACUUCCAAGUAAAAAAAUUAUGAAGAAACUCAAAAAUCUUUUAGUGAUUGCAAAUAAAAUUCAAAAAAUCAGAAUAUUUUUUAAAAAACACACAACAACAGCAGUUAGAAUAUUCAACUUGAUAAUGUUGAUUUUUACUCCAGUUGUCGCCCAGUUUUAACAGAGUAAAGUAGCGAGAGUUUUCGUUAUGGUAAUUAACCUAAUAAAUGUCUCAGAAGUAUUUAAAAAUAUUUGCAUUAGAGUUAAUAAUAGGUUAUACCUCAAGAUAUUGAAUUAGAAAUCCAAAAAUUAAAUUAGAAGAGGAACAAUUAAGAAAACAGUAAAAAUAAAUUAGUAGAUACUUCUAUUUUAUUUAAUAAUUAAGCUUUGAAUCAUUUAAUAUAGCCUAAAUCUGCAGUGUAAAGUAAUACCAAAGAAGUUAAACAUUUCAAUUAAUUGCUCACAACAUCUACUGCAGCUGCACCCAAGUUUACCUUCCUUGAAAAGUAGUCUACUAACCCUAAUUUAUUUAAGCAGAAAGAUAAUUCAUAGAGAAAUCUCUUCGACAUUCGUUAAACUUAAGUGUUAAAGGACAAAUAAAUAAUCAAUGAUUUACAAAUUAGCUCCUCUUCUUAGCUGAACCCUACUGAAAUGUACAGCACCCAGAUAAAUUAAUCUUUCAAAACAUCUUUCACAAGAAGAAACAUUAGGUCCUACUCUUAGAAAACCGAAGAAAUACCAUGCAAAAACUAAACUAUGUAUUUGCGUCCACCUUAUAGAAGAUACAAUGCUGAUUAAGAAGAAAGUCUUCAUGAUUCGCCUUUAAAUGAAAGCAGUAUUUAAAAUACUAAGAACACUGUUUAAUAAACUCGCAAACAAACAAUAAAUAAAUUAGUGAAAUACUUCAAUACAAUAGCUGAUUUCAAAUAGGAAUCUCUUAAGCAAAUUAAAAUGAACAGAAUUGAAUCUAGAAAUUUUGUUUUUUCUUAAAAUAACGAUGAUGUUAUUCAAAGUUAUGCAUAAAUAAUAAGUAAAAAGUAACUUAACAGCUCUGAAUCUGAAGAACUAAAUAGCAUAGAUACAACUUCAUUAAAUCAAAACGAGUAGACUUUUAAGACUCAUCGUCACAACUUAGAUUAUAGCACUGAACUUAGUCCUAUUAUCACUGAUUUUUCAAUUGAUAAAAUAGAUUUUAAAUCAAAUGUUUUAGAGAAUAUGAUUGAUUCCACUGAAUUAAUAGAAUCUAAUUCUACAUUUACAUCUUGCACUGUUUCUCCUAAAAUACGUCCAAGGUAUUCUAUUAAAAAUAUAGAAAAUGAGGAAAAAGAAGAAGAAGAAAUUAUGAAGAAAUAAUAAAGAAGUUCAAAGAAGACAAUAAAAACAGAAGACAGUGCAAACAAAAGAAGAAAAUUACUAAUCUCUUCAUCCUUAGCUGCCAAGGAUACUCAAAAACAAAUAAAAGCAGAGCAAUUAAUAAAUUCAUAAAUUUUUAUAAAUAAGUCUUUCUUAUAAUCAAAAGUACCAAAGAGAAAGCAAAAGAAGACUAAUAUUAUAAACCAAAGCCUUGAAGUAGCAGCAGAUUAAACAAAAAAAGUAGUUCUAAAGAAAAAAGAUAACAAAAUUAAAUUAAAUCCAAUCGAAUAAAAAUAAAAUAGUUAUAUCAUAAUGCCUUCUCAACAAAAUAAUAAUUAAAAUAUCAGCAGCGUCCUUCAAAUUCUCAAAACAAUAUCAUGA